CUUUAUUCAAAAGCAAACUACUCUGGCAGUAGUUGUCCUUCUACUACUUAAAUCGUCAAUUUUUUAUCUGUCCCAGAUAUACACCAGUUCAAUCGCAAUGCGCUUCUCAAUCGCAGCCCUCACUCUCCUCCUCACUCUCGCCGCAGCGGCACCUCACAACCGCAACGCAGCUACGACUACAGACUCGACAGAAGUAGCAUCAACCCAGAACAAUAACAAAGAUGUCACGAAUGACAAUACGGAUGAUGCAGCGGGGGCUGCGGACGCUACCGGUGCUAAGAGUGCCACGAACGAUGAUGAUGAUGAUGCAGAUAUCGCCGGCAUUAUUGCACAGCUCCAAGAAACAUUCGACCGAGACAAUCCGAACGGUACGCCAACGAGCCCUGGAGACCCAGAUGAUUUGAAUGGCGAUGGAAUUAUCAAUGUGUUUGAAGCGGGUGCUCAGGCGAGCUAGAAUUUCAGUGCUGGGCUGGAGAUAGACUUCAAGUUGUAGUAAAGCGGAUUGGCAACAUUCUCGAAAGAAAGUGUAUUACAAUUCCCUCGGGGCCUCAUAUGGCACGUCAAGUCCUACUACGAGGCAUGCUCUAUAUGAUGUAUUUGAUCCAAACGUUGAGAAUGCUACUGCCUCGUGAAAACUGAUAGUUGCAUCUAUCAUCAAUUGAUGAC